AUUCAGAUCAUAACAUAACUUGCUUAUAUAAUAAAAUAAAUGAAAGAAGAGCUACACAAGCAAACUGUAAACGCCGCAAAAGACAAGAACCAGAUGUAGAGUUGGUAAGAGCUCAGGAGACUGCAGCAAAACCAGCAUAUCAAGAACAAGACAAGAUUAAGAGACGUUUAGCAAGAAAUAAAAAUUGUAUACCAUCUUCAUGCAGUGAAGCUCUUGGUUUUACUAGAGAUUUUCCUCUUGAAUUAGAUGUUGGUAAAAUAGAUAUUGAAUGCCGUCAUUGUGGAGCACUUCAUUUUCAGGGAGAGCAAACUGGCAAAGACUUAGACCAAUUUAUAUUCUGUUGUUAUAAAGGCACUGUUGUAUUACUAUCUUUAUUACCAUUUCUUGAUGAGCUAAAAUUACUUUUUCUUAGGAAUUAUCCACUAUCCAAACCAUUUCACGAACACAUUCGCAAAUAUAAUGGUGCUUUGGCAUUUGCCUCUAUUGUAUCAAAUAUUGAAAAACCUUCUGGUUGUGGACCAUAUAUAUAUAAAAUAUCAGAACAAAUAUAUCACUUUCUUGGACCAGCACAGCCAAAUGCAAAUGAAGUUCCAACCUUUGGACAACUUUAUUUUAUGGAAACAGCUGAUACACAAAUGCACUGA